AUGCCAAACACUAUCACCCCCACCCCCAGUGACACUUCGUCAUGGGCAACUGUAGGUAACGGAGCAUCCAAGACCAUCAACAUCGCCGCAAAGAAGGCACCAAACCGCAAACUCAUUGCCCUCAACACCAAUGAGGAACGCAUCGACCCGCCGCUGCCACGCACCGAUCCUGCAGCAACUACCCGCCUCAUUGAGCGUGUACGCCACAAGAAAGUUUGCAACAACUAUCAUCUCAUCGGCAAGUGUAAAUCCGGAAAGUACUGUGACUAUGACCAUGGCGAACGUUUGAGUCCUGGCGAGCAUUUGGUGCUUAAGCAACGCGCUCGUCAGAGAUGUUGUCCAGAGCGUGGCUGUUGUAGGGACUUCGACUGCACUAACGGCCAUGUCUGUCCAUAUGGCAAGGAUUGCUACAACGAUAAUUGCUGGUUCCAGGACGUGCAUGAUGUUGAUAUGAAACCUCUUUCCAGUAUAUUCCAAGAUGGAGAGCAGGAAUGGAAUCUGAAAUAG